AUGUCCCAUUUUGACCAGGACACAUUGCCAGAAUUUCCGAUUCCCGAUGAUUUAAUACAAGUUCUUGAUAUAAACGACGACUCGGUGAUGACGGAAGAAGCCCUGAUGUAUUCGAGGAUUUUGGACUCGUUAACUACUGUGAAAUACGUGGAUUUGUCGAAAAGUCAUUACCUGGAUCUGCUAAAGUUGGCUCUCUAUUUGGAAGAAUACCAGAGUAACGAGGAAAUGAAGAAAAGAAAAUUAUUCCAACAAAGAAUUCAGUUGGUAAAGCUUAAUAAAGAAGAAAUCGCUUUUGAAAUACACGUGAAUGACCUGGACGAAGAGCGCCCGUGGAUACGUGAAAAUGAUUUCGUCGAUGUAAUCAAUGCAAGAACGUACAAGUCGUUUACUCUCAAAGUCGGCUACAUAAUGAAAGAUAAAAUCAUAGCCAUGGAUAAUAGAAGAUUUUGUAACGUAUUUAACCCGAGACAUUUGUACAACAUCGAGUUUCGUUUUCAAAAUUACCCUUUAAGAUGCAGUCAUUAUGCUAUAUGGAUCGUGAACAGAGAAAACACAAUUCAUACUCUUUUUCCAGACGAGCCCAAGUCGACGAAUAAUCAGACUAAUGGCUUGUUGACGACGUUCGUCUCGAAAAUAGCAAUUAAUGACCAACAAAAACAAGCCGUAAUGAACAUUCUGAACAAAUCGUCGUUUCCUGCUCCAUAUAUUUUGUACGGGCCGCCUGGCACUGGCAAAACUGCUACAUUAGUUGAGGCUAUUUGCCAAAUUCAUGAGAUGUCUUCGUUUGACCGUAUUUUGGUUUGCACUCCAUCAAAUACCGCUGCCAAUGAAAUUAUGAAGAGACUGCUUAUAUUUAUUCCGUCCAAUAAGGUGUAUCGAAUUUUUAGUCAAUCUAAAAAUAGAUGGAACGAUAAAGAAUUCAAACAUUGUUCUUUUUCUGGUAAAAUGUUAACACCUGCAGAUAUCAGACACAAGGCUAUCCUUGUCACAACUCUGUGCGUUGCAACAAAGUAUCGGCAUUUUAUCAUUAUUGUCUUGUACAAAUUGCUGCUGAUGAAACUAAAUUGCGACUAUUUUUCUUACAUUUUCAUUGAUGAAGCUGGUCAAGGAACCGAAGCUGAUAUUAUGAUUCCAUUCAGUAUAGCAAGCAAAGAAAACAGGCUCCAUAGCCAAAUUGUUCUCGCCGGUGAUCCUCAGCAGCUAGGACCUACUGUGAUUUCAAAACUUGCAGACAUUAUACUAGGGAGAUCAAUUUUAGAACGGCUCAUGUCUUAUAAAAUUUACCAAAAGGAUUCUCAAAACACCUACAAUCCUAAGUAA